UUCAUUUUUCUUGGCGCAAAAAUUUGAACGAGUAAUUCUCUUUCCGCAAUGAAUACCUUCGUAAAUUGAAAUUGUUUGAGCGAUUGAGAACAAAAGAGAGACCUGCAAGAUCAACUUAGUCUCUGUUAUGGAGCUAGUCCAUGAUCUCUCAGAGGCCCUUCCUCUUCAGGCUCCUCUAACCUACCAUGUUGAAGUCCUUCAAAAUCCAUCCAGCACAGCCCGCUCUGAUUUUAUAAAAGAGCGUGUGAGAAAAUUUUUGAUGUGUGAAGCAACUGUUUAUGGCGACACCACCUUCACGGAAUUCACAGAUGGGUUUUUGACGGAGCAUGUGAAAGCUGUGAGUGUCUGUGACACAGAUUUAGUGUCUAAAGAGAGACAGAGUAAUCUCAAGAAUUGCAAACUUGCAAUCCAUGUUUUCCAAUUGCAUGAUGAUGGGCCAGCAACAGAAGAAUUAGAAGACGACAUAGCAGCAGCUAAUCAUUGGCUUCUUCCCUCGGAUGAUUUUCACGGAAUGUGGGAAAGUCUGAUCUUUGAUUCAGAUGUCAAAGCCCAGCUGAUAAACUACGCAAUGACAACAUUACUCUUCUCAGACAGGGGUGUGAACAGUAACAUAAUAUCAUGGAAUAGAGUGAUUCUACUUCACGGUCCACCAGGAACUGGGAAGACAUCUCUCUGCAAAGCACUGGCUCAAAAACUGAGCAUUAGAUUGUCAGAUAGGUAUUCCUAUGGGCAGCUGAUAGAGAUAAAUAGCCAUAGUCUGUUUUCAAAAUGGUUUUCCGAGAGUGGAAAACUUGUGAUGAAGAUGUUCCAGAAAAUCCAAGAACUACUCGAUGACAAAGAUGCACUUGUUUGUGUCUUGAUAGACGAGGUUGAGAGUUUGACUGCAGCUCGCAAGUCUGCAAUGCAGGGCCAGGAGCCUUCAGAUGCAAUAAGAGUGGUAAAUGCUCUGCUCACACAGAUUGAUCACAUUAAAAGAUUCCCUAACGUAAUCAUCCUGACCACCUCUAAUGUGACUAAAGCUAUAGACUUGGCAUUUGUGGACAGGGCAGAUAUCGUGCAAUACAUCGGACCUCCCUCUGUAAAUUCAAUAUUCUCCAUUUAUCAUUCCUGCAUAGCUGAGCUUAUGAGGGCAGGGAUAAUUUCUCCUGUGCAACAGAUACUUGGCAUAAGAGACUUGGAAGUGUUACGUUUUGUCCAUAACGAUGCCACAAAUCUGAGCCUGGAGCUUUUAGAAAUAGCGAGGAAGAGUCAUGGACUUAGCGGAAGGACCCUCAGAAGGAUUCCAUUUUUGGCACACGCGCGACACAUUCAGGCUCCCUCUGUCACGUUAGCAGCCUUUCUGAGUGCGCUUUCCUGGAUGGUGGAUAAAAAGUUUGAAGACCGCGAGAAUCUGAAUAAUGACGACUGACAACCGCACGGCUGUUAAAAAUGAUCUCGAGUAGUCUUUAUAAUCUAAUGUUAGAGACAGAAUUGGAUUUCACAACUGUUGUCCCUCUGAUGAAUACGCCUCCGUGCUUUUCCACCUUUUUAACGCAAAUUUAAAGAUUUAAUGUUCAGAUGAUAUUACCCACGCUUGCUGGCAGCGUAAAAUUGUUUCUACAACUCAGGAUUCAUCUUUUGAGGGAAAAAUUGUGAAUACUACUGCAUAUUGCUGCGUCGUUGGACGCUUUUUCAUGCACUGUCUAAGUAUUAGGAACAAGUGAGAGCUUGAAGUCGUCAUCAGUGUGGGAAACGGUAGAUGGAAAGCUGAAAUAGUCUCCCUGAACCGUCUUCAACAGUUAUGGUUUUGACUGUUAGAUAGAGAUAACCGGCAGAUUAGAUACCUUUUUGAACCAAUCAAAAGUGGUGUCUAAGAGCUCUCACGCUAUUGGUGGUAAGUGCGGGAAACUGUCACGCGUGUACCAAUUGAAUUCCGCUCCUGAUUGGUUAAAAGCCAGCAUCUAUGUUCUGAAUGGCUACACUCUCAGAUUGUUAAGCUUUGUGCAAGAGAUGUAAAUACGGGUAGUUCAUUGGUUGACGAAGUUGCUUACCGUAUUGGCGAAAACUUGAAACGCAAGUUUUCUAUUCUGAAUCCUAAUAGAGCAUAUCGCUGUUGUCUUUGAAGCGUCGAAGUGCCUAUGACACUUAUUUUUUUUCUAUUCUACAUCAAAAUAUAAUGACUCUUAAACAUGUUUUUGCAACAUUUGUGGUAUUCUGCCCUUUUCUGAAUUUUUUAUCAAGCUCUAUAAUCCGCAGAUAAAAUGUCUGACCAUGCAAAGAGGGACUGGGCGUAGGAACACAGUAGGAAUCUUGUAAUGGGAAAUAUUCUUCAUCGAGUCAGAGAUAUUCGAAAAACCCCGAACUACGCAUCGAAAUGGCAUUUUUUUGGCUAAAAAGAUUGUAAACAGUAGCUUCCACACUCACUUUGCUUCUUUGAUAAACUUGGUGUUACUACCGUUACUUCGCGGGUUCCAGUACUCUUCAACGCGGCCAAAGAGACACGGGGAGCCUAAGUUCGACUCAAUUUCGGACUUUUAUCUUCUCGUAAAAUAACAGACGCAUCAGAAUCACCCCCAAAUCUUACCAGACACCCUCUACAUACUUCUAUUUUUAUAGUUUAAUGCUAAAAGAAUAGGUGUCAUAAGCACUUUAAGGAAAUUUUCUCCCCAAAAGCAAUAACUGUGGCAGAUAUGUGUUAAUAUUCCUGUUUUGUAGUGGGACGGAGGAAGAUCUAAACACUGAUUCAUCUCCACCAACAGUGUUCAAAGUCAGAGCAAACCAUGCAAAGGUUAAAUUUUGAGGGUAUUUGAAAUUUUCGGGUGAUCAUUUGCUAAUUUCAAAUAGCCUGGCAUCAAGCUAAAAUCGGUAGCCGGAGUUAUUUCUUUCUCUAGGUUUGAAGAUCUUCCUUCAGUCUCGCUGUGGUUCAUUUUACUCGCUUGCUUGGCUCGAAUUUCGCAGCUCCCCUUGGGGCCAAUACUAGCGCUACAUUAAUUUUAAAUAAAAACAAUAAAAUGCAAGACUCUGAUGUCAUCAUUCCCGUCACACAUUGUACGAAAUAAACAAGGCCAGGGACCUGCCGCGAACUCAACUAAAUUUGACACACACCGUUUAAUUCGGCGCAGUUAGCCCCAAGGAUCAUAAUGCGACAAUCGGUUGCAAUUAUUCAUCUUAAAAAAAGAAAGUGGCCAACUCUUAAGUGUACCUCUAGCAUUAUUUUCUUCCUUGCAUUGUGCGUUAGUUCCUCCAAAAAGGUUCCAACCUGAUAAAACUACAUGGAACUGUUCAUGUGUAGCUCCACCGAUUCGUUCUUUAGUACAUGUCUGUAUCCCCUGUUCCUCUAAUCUCAUACCUGCCUGAGAGACCCUGGGAACGAGGUUGACCUUUAACUGCCCGAAGUGACUUCGUCGCCUUGUCUUUUCAAAGUAGUGCGCCUACCCCUUCUAGUCCGACGCUGGUUCAAAGACCUCUGCGCAACAGCUUUUGCUUGUUUUGUUUUGUUUUUUGUUUUUGUUUUUUUGUUUUUG